CAUAGAGCAACAACAAUGAGUGACAACAAAUGGAGGAUCACCGAUGUAGCAGCGCUAUGGAACCUUCCUCUCUCCCCUGUACAACCUGCACGAGCAACGUCCUGGUCCGCACCGCAUUCCACUGUGUCGCCAGGCAAGCCAUCCCCCAGUAGCCACCAGGAUUCGUCAGAUCCCGCCUUGAACAGCCCCAUGGCCGCAGCCCACUUGCAAUGGUUCGCCAUAGUGUCAAGCGCUCAAACCGCCCCGACGGACGGCAUCCCACUUUGUCGGCUAGCCAUGAUAACACCGGCCGACACGUCAUCCGCGUCGGCCUGGCAGGCGUGCAGGAAACGAGGGAAGACGUGACAUUCUCCACGUUCGGACCGCUCCGAACAUUCCCGAAUUUCUUGGCGCUGAGUCACAGUGAGAACCAUGGUGGUUUCACCCGGACUGACAACGGUCUUUCGCGAGCCCGAUCGAGCCUUUCCCUGAUGCAGAGGAACCGCUUUCAUUAUCGAAACGCGCAAUGCUUCCACCAGCAUUCCACACGCUACCAAGUUGGUGCUACCGGUCGAGUACUAGUACCGUAUUCCGCUCGGUUUUCCUGACGCCAUGCAACAGGCUCAGUCUGAAUGUGACCGUAUGUCUAGCACCAGCUUUUCACACAGACUUACUACGUGCGCGUAACUGCUUUAGACUCCACGUACUACUUCACGAUGGCGUUACCAAUUCGCCGGAAACCUUCGUCAAAUAGCGUCGAGAGCCUUCCAUUUACAAUUCUGCUGUUCGCCGUCUCCAUCGCCGCGGCUUUCCUCGUUGCAUCUGCAUCCGCGGCGUCUCUCCCCGGACAAGUUUCGUCCCCGGCGAACGAAUCUCCAGAACACAAUACCGAUGCUACUAACAUUACUAUCUCCGCGGCUGAGCUGUCGGAUCUGGUCGCGCGGAAAGCGAGGGCCGUGGAAGCGAGGCGGCACGCGCUGGUGCUUCUCCGUGAGUUGCGGUCGCUCAACGACAGCGUCGCCGCCGCCAACGCGAGGAUUCAGGAUGCGCUGCACGCGCGGGACAAGCUCAAGAUAACGUCAGCGCGACUCGAAGAGCAGCGGAAGGUUCUUAACGAGCUUUCUUCUCUCGUGGACGAAACCGCGAGGCGGAUGUACAAGCAGCGUAACUCGCGGGGGGUCGAGUCCGACGAGGCUCGGCUCGCGCUGGUGGCAGCCGGAGAGGCGAAACUCGAAGCGGAGCGGCUGAUUACCAGAAUCUCGCGAAAGGCCAUGCGAGAGCGGGAGAAAGUCGAGUCGUACAGCGUCGCAAUGGCUUAUCGAGCCGAGCUGGCGAAAGCCAUGAAGCAGAGCCUUCAGCAGCUGGCUGAAGCUGAGAAGAAGGCCCAUGAAGGUAUGCAGGAGUAUGCAACAGCGUGGCAACGCGCCAUGGCUUCCUCAAGGGGGGUUUCCCCUCGGGUUGAGGCGGACGUCCUUAAAAUUGUUGAAGACCCGUCCGAAACGAGCCGAGAGCAAAACAAGUCGUUGUUCUCGAUGUUCUCGAAUCUUCCAUCCCGUCAGGUGGCAGCGGAUGCCAGUAAGCCGUCUUCACUGAUGUCCAAGUUGAAGCUCGAAGUACAGCACCAUGGUGGCCCGGGACAUCACACCAUGUGGAGCGCAGGAGCAGCAGCACAUGGCAGCAGAAAAGACAGCAACAGAGGCAGCGCCUUUUUUGAAGAAAUGGAUUCCGGUCCCGACCUGACGGAUCUUGAGAACGAGCGCGAAGCUGAGAAGAUGCUGAUGCAGCAGAGGGAGGAGUCGUCGAGAAAAAGGUUGGAAGCCAUGGAAGGGCUUGCUGCAGCAGAUGCAGAGGAGGCUGUUGACCAGGCUCUGCUGAACACUCUCCGAGCCGAAAUCGAGGCUUGGAAAUCUGCCGUGGCUCAGGCUCGGAAGUCAGGCGUUUUAGAGCUGCUCAGGAGGAGGCGGGAGGAGCUGGAGAAUGCGGAGAGCGACCUGGAGUUUGCGGAAUUCCAGGUGAAGGGAGCCGAGAAGGACCUUGAGCAGGCGAAUGUUUUGGCAGAGGAAACUGCGUGGUUGGCGGAAGAGCAGAAGAAGAUUCUGCAGGAAUCCGAUGAGUCUCUGACUCGAGCCAUGGCCGCCGAGGUGAAGACCAGAAGCCAGAGAGCACGGAUGCAGCGAGUGGAGGCAGAGCUGGUGAAGGCUCAAGCGGAGAGGGUGUGGGAAGAGAUGAGACGGUGGAUGAGGCGAGAUGAGGCGCUGGUUUUGGAGAGAACGCACGGGUUGCAGGACGCCAUGGCGGAAAGAGAGAAGGCAGCAAAGAAGGCUGCAGAGGUGAGAGGAAGUGUGGAGGAGAUGGAGGAGAGGUAUGGCAAGGGCAAGGGAGAACGGACAGCCAAGGAAGCCGAUCGCCUGAUGAAGCUGCUCAAGCCUGUUGUACUUGCAAAGCGUGCCAAAGCAAGUGCUGCUAAACGGGCAUGGAAUAAGCUUUUGACCCUGCAAGCCUCCCAGGUGUCUCAGUGAUUCUGUAAUUACCAACAUCGCUGUGGGGUUAUUGUAAUGCUAUGAUGUAUAUUUAUGGACC